AUGCUGGAGUCUGUGGUGGAGAGGCUGUUGAGCCGCUACCUGGCUCAGUACGUGAGAGGAAUCAGCCGAGACAAACUAUCUGUCGCUGUAUGGAGUGGGAACGUAGAGCUGGAGGACCUUCAAGUUAAACCAGAGGUUUCGGACCUUCUUGGCAUCCCAUUUCGCGUUAUAUGGGGCCGUGUACAGAAAAUUAAGCUUACGAUUCCCUGGUCGAGGCUGGGCACUGCCCCUGUGUGCGUGGAGGUUGCCGGUUUGCAUGUGCUGCUGGAGCCGAAGCCGAUACCUGAGCAAAGUGAUGCACAGUUGAUAGAGCAGCUGCGGGAUGUGAAACGCAGACAGGUGGAGGCAUGUGAACAGCAGAUGCACGAUGCCAGAUUAAGAUUGGUAGAGCAGCAACAGCAGCAAAGCGCUGCAGGUAGCACUAGCAGCAGCAGGGAGGGUGACGGAGGCUUUUUCUUUCGCUUUGUCAAUAAGAUUCUAAGUAAUCUCUUGGUUGACAUUAGGGACGUCCACAUUGCUCUUGUAGACCCAGUAAGGGGCUUCUCCAUAGGGGCGCUUCUAGCACAGGCAUCCAUACACAACACAGAUGCUGCUUGGGGGCGCCACGAACAGCAUCAGCAGCAGCGGCAGGCAGAUCCUGCAUUCUAUAAGGCGUGCGAGCUCAGCGGCCUCGCUGUCUACUGCGCUCUUGAUGGGGCGAAGACCCAGCAGUCGACACAGCAGCGGCGAAGCCGGCCGUGGCAGCAGGAGCAUCACCAGCAGCUGGUGUCGGCGCAGCGAGAGGCUUCACCUGAAACGCCACCAUUCCCCGUAGUCCCUCAACGACUUCCAGAUAAGCCGCCCGCACCUUCCUCAUCUCCACCUCCUGGCUUGUUACCCCCAGCAGAAGCAAAGCAGAAAGCAACGGACGAUUCAACGACCAUUGUUGAUACCUCAUUUGCAACGGAAACGCAAGUGGAAGGUCCCCACUCAGCGAGGCAGCAAGGAAACUCCCCACUGCUGGGGACCCUAAUGAAUAAGGCGAGCGCGGAAGGCGGAACUCCUUCAGCUGCCCACGGUCAAGUAGGGACAACAAAUCAGCUCUCACCGAUGAUAUGGGUGGAUCCCACCGAGCCACACAGGGCGCCUGAAGGUCUAUCCAGUCUCAGUCAGAAAUGCAAAGGGUCUUUAGGGGACACCCAAGUCAGUCCCACCAACUCAUGCGAGGCAGCAGUACCAGCCCCAGGAGCAGCGGUAGGAACGCCUCCAGUAGACGCAACUGUAGCAGCUGAAGAAGGAAGAGCUCCAGUAGCGGCAGAAGAUUCAUCUCUACCAUGGACGCGGCAAGGCGGAGGUGGCGUGAGUGGGCGCAGCCAGUAUGUGCUGAAGCCGUUGCAUUUAAGACUGACUCUAUCGCACACAUCUGCCCAGCAGGAGUUGGUUGCCCGUCUUGAGGUGUUGCGGGAAAGCCAGGGGAUAGAAAUUGGCCGAUCUCAGCUUGAAGCCUUACUGGCAAUCUCAAAUGAGGCCGCGCAAAGGCGACAGCGUUGCGAACAACUAUUGCUGCGCCAGGCCCACACGGUAAUGCUAGGCACAGAGGGCCUGGAGGGAACAACUCAGAGAGAGUUUAUUGGUUUGUACAGUCGCCAGCUGCAGACCGAGGCCGGAAUCCGAGGGGUGGCGCCCCUGAGCCAUAAAGAGAAACAGAGGCUUGUGAUUCUCCAUGACGUUGUAGGCGUCAGACAUGUAAGUUCUUGCGAAGUGGCGCAACAUUUGCACGCAACAAACCGCGUUCUUCAGCAAACGCAACUGCUGCAGCAACAGCAACAACAGCAGCUGUUGCAACAACAGCGCCAGCUACCGCGGCUGCAGCAGCCGAGCUGGUGGCAGUGGGUAACUGGUCGCCAGUCAGUGGGCCAAUUACCAGCUCCUCAGCAGCAGGCGCAUGCAUCCGGAAACUGGCCUCAUAGUACCGGGGAAGAAACGCAAGCUCCUCUACUGACAAGCGAAGACAUACAACUUAUUGUUGAUGCUGUGCAGUCGGACAAGCUGAUGCAGAGUGUAUCGCUGCCCACUAAGUACGUCCUGACGUUCGAGUUAGAACACUUCUGCAUAUGCCUGAAGAACGAUUCCGAGAUGCAGCAAGAGAUGGAAGAAGAGACAGCCGAGGCACUCAGGGAGGCUAAAGCCAUAAAGGCCAUUGGCUACUCCCCCACAGAAGCCGCUAAGGCCCUUCCCCCAAACUUCCCGCGGCCACCGCCGCCACAGAAACUGGCAGCAGCAAUCGCAGCGGGAGACACACCAGUAACAGCAGUAACAGCAGGUGCUUCGUUGGAGAGAGGUGGACACACAAGUCCAGGGCUUCUACGGCCAGAUGCCGCAGUAGAGAAGGCGUUCCUGUCCGUUGAGCUCUUCAACCUUUGUGCUGCCCUGGACCUGCUUAACAAACAAGACGCAGCUGGGCGAGACAGCAGCGAAUGGUCUUUCUGCAUUUCGCUUUCUAAUGUUGCAGUAAGGCAACAGUCACACCUCCUCAUGCACUUCCGCAGAGAUGGUGGAACUGUUACUGGAGAACCCGUGACACCUGCUGCUGCUGGUACGGCAGGAGCAGCAGCAACGCCAGCUGCAACUGGAGCUGCAGCAGAGAUGCUUGGGGUUUUGGCUCAUCAUCAGCGCCUGAUGAUGCUACGUACCGCAGCAUCGAGCGACACGAUCGCUUCCAGCAGCAGUAGCAACAGCAGCAGUAGCAGCAGGAGCAGUAGCAGUAGCAGCAGCUGGAGCAGCAGCAGCAGCAGCUGCAGCAGCUGGAGUUUUAGUCGUGGCAGUACUUCAGUUUCCGUGCCUCCUGUAGUUGGUGCGUCGUCUCUCACUGCAGCGCGCCUGGAGCUGCGACAUGAUCUAACACCAACGGGAAACAUACUCGGUGUAUUUAUCCGGUUAGCGCCACUGGUGGCUGAGGUGAAGCCUGAGUUGCUUCGGACGCUUUGUGACUUUUUUGUGUUUGAGACGCCUGCGGACGUGCGGCGGUUUGAGGAAGAAGAGGAGAAACGCAGCUUGGCUACUGCUCGUGCAGCACCAGAGGAUGGCAGCGACUUCGAUCCCGCUGACGAAGACGCGGGAACCACAGGAGCAAACUCGAGCAAAGUGGCCACAGAAGUCGACGAGAUGCGUAAGAACGAGUUUGUGGAGGGCCUACGGGAGACGGGAGAGACUGUUUAUUCUGCUGCAGUGCAGCAUCUCCCAGACUUGGUUCAACUGGACUUGUUGGUUGCCGCGCCCAUUCUAAACUUAGAUGGGAAGGGAGCAGGGAGCAUAGCACUGCACCUGGGGACGCUCUCGCUGCGGUCAGAUGGGGCGUGUCCCUACGAUGCUCUCAGGGGCGUGCUGGAGUUCAACGAGACGCGGCUCAUCUGCGCUCCCACCGGCCACAAGGAGGUGUCUAUUCUCCGCCCUAUCCCAAUCCGCAUGCAUGUAGAGGUACUUAGAAUGAAGGAAGUUAGCCUUAACAUCCUUUUUGAGGAAAUUUUUCUGGAGCUCACCCCGGAAGCCAUCGGCCUUCUUAUUGCAGUCCCAGCAUCCAUGGCGAAGUCCCUGCUCCAAGUGCGACCUCAGCAAGCGUCACUUCAAGAACAAACAACUAAAGCAGCAGCCGUGGCCGGAACAACACAGAAAAGGAAGGUCACGGGAGAAACUCUCGGCAGGAGCUCAUCCAUACAGUACCGGCAGUACGCACCCGAAGAAACGAUAAGCAGUGCAGAAGCAUCAGACGUGACAGCUGCACCGCAACGAGGAGCAGAGUCAGCGGCUGAAAGAAAAUCAGAGUCUUCCCCAAGCUUGCCGGUAUUCAUACCCUCUGCAGACGUAGCACCGGCUACUUUAAAAGGAACUGAGGGGUCCACCAGUGGCGAAGGCUUUCGCCCAAACGAUGGGGCUGAUGAAUGCAUGAAUCCAAGGAACAAUAGCAGUAGCAGCGGAGUAGAGAUGGAGCGAAAGCCUCAGAUGGUUUUUACGUCAACCUGGCUAUUCGGUCGUUGCGGGUUUCUGAUAAGAGGACUGGCGGAAAAGGAGUCUGCAGCGGGAGGAGAGACUUGUCCCCCUGUGCUGCAGGCAGAGCUGACAGAUCUGCUAAUGCAGCUGACAGCAGAUUCUUCCGCUGGAAAGUGUGGAGCUGUCGCGGAGCUUCAUCAAGUCCUUGUUUCGGAUCCGUCCACCAAUUCACCCCUCUUUUUGUCCCUCCAUUCAUCAGCCGGCCUCUCAGAAAGCACAGAAUGGGGAACUACCCGCAGCAGCGCGAGUCUAGGGCGCUGCAGCAGUUUGGCCUUGCGCAGCGCCACGACAUCAGGGGGAGGCAUUGAAGACGAGGAGUUCCACGAUGCAGUUGAAGACACUGAGAAAACCCUCCGCGUCGAAUUGGAGGUCUUACUGGGUAGGGAUAAGAGAACAGGCCCCACAAGCGCACCGUUGGCUGCUAAUGAAAAACAAGCGGACACUCCGAAAGCAACCCUCGCAGUUACUUCACUUCCAGUAGAACUGCACUGGAGGCAACAGAGCCUACGACGCAUUUUGCAGACGCUCGCUGACUACCGGCAAACCAUUAGAAGCAGGCUUCAGCAGCAUCUAGACGAACUCUCAGAAGUGUCUGCAGCUGCUCUGGGCCCCAGGGGUCUCUUAUCGAGAGAAACGGUUGCAGCAGUGCACGACACGCUGCAAACUGUACAGCAGACGCUAUCGUUUGGGAAUGAGUGCGAAGGGACUGAGAUGGCGGGCGAUAUUCAGCGGAGUAACAGUGGGAGGAGCCGUACAAACAGCGCCACUGUUAAAACGGCACGUAUAGCUACUGGUGAACGUGACUGGUUGCAGAAGGGACUCGAAAUCGGGGGUGAGCUACCACCGCUGACAGUUCAUCGAUAUUUAGAUGCAGCGAAAAAUGCUCCCGGAGAGGAAGCGGCAACGAGCUCUAGAAAAGCAAUGGAAGCGCAGAAGCAGCAGGUACAACAGCUGCUGCAGAAGCAAAUGCCCCAUGUAAGCCUGGAACUGACAUUGACUUUUCGAGAAGUAGCGAUUGCUUUUUAUGAAGGGAGUAACACUGUGUUGGCUCGAAUGGCGCUUAAGGGUUUAAGCUCCUCCAGCCGCUUCUACUCAAAUGGAGAUACAGAGACAAGUUUCUCUGUUGGAGACGGUGGCAUUGUGUUCCGGGACAGAUGCGUUUUGGGACCCCGUGCGGCUUACAGGCCCCCAGCCCACCAGCAGCAGCGCCGCUUCGCUAGCGGUACCUCACUGGGGUCUUCCGAAUCGUCACAUGGGAUGCCUCCCGUCAGGCGUGAUUCCUGUGAGACAUCGCCAGCAGCAUCAGCAGGAGUUGAUGAGGCAGCGCAAGACACGCCGACCGCAUCAUUAUUUACCGCACGGGUCCGUCAAUAUGGGGGACUUGAUCCGGUGUCGGGCGCGCCUUUCCCUUAUUCGAUGUGUCUUGAAGGCCAAAUGGAGCAAAUUUGCUUUGUAUACAGACAGAAGGAUGUCUCGCGGACCCUCAAUUAUCUUAGAGACGGAAUUUUCGAUGUGUUCAUUUCAAAGUCGUACAGGGCGGUCAAGGAAGCGGCGACAGCCUCGUAUUGCCUCUUCGCACUAGACAUACAGUCCCCUCUUUUUAUCUUGGCCGAAGACAAGGAGGCAAUCCCUGGAUUCGUGCCGCCGCCAGGGUACAGAAUGCCAAAGAUACGCACUCGUACACCUACUUCACCUGCUAGCGCUGCUUCUGCAGCGUCAUCAAAGAUUGCUACAGCAUCGAAGUUAGCGUCAGAUUCGUCACAGAUGGAAGUCGAAGUAGACCAUUUGGGGCGUUUUAUUGUCUUUGAUCUCGGGAAUCUCAAAGUGCGCAACGCAUACGUCCCAGCAAUUGCUAAUCUGCAGCAGCAUCGUGAUCAUACUGCUUCUGGUUUGUUGCGUCCUCCGCCUUUUGGUGGUGGCGUUUCUCUUUCUGUGAACGGCCAUAGAGGACCUGCGGAUACAGAAGGCGCUCAGGGAGACACGAAUGAAGGGGAACAAGGUGAGCUUAUCUUUUCGGAUCUGAGGCUCGAGAUGAGGGGCAUGCAGAUCAGUGCCAGCGACAACGGGCAAGAUGCAGCAGCUGGAGGGUGCCUGCUAGAGAAUGUCGAGGCCUGCAUGUUAUUUCGGAGUGCACCCACGUCUUUGUGCAUUGAAGCUGAGACGACAGCAUGGAUGCUGCACCUUUCUAGACAGCAGCUGACUCUGAUUUUUGAUGUCAUAAAUGAAAAUAUUUGUGGCCAAGGCUACCUACCACCAGCCGAGGUGUUAUCGGCCAGAUCUGCAGACGCGGAGGACGGCGACGCUGCGCCCUAUGUAGACGAAGGGGCCCUCCGGCGGGAGCUAGAGAUUCCCCCUUUGGCCGUGGAUUGCCUCAUAGUCAUCCCACAGCUUACUUUAGAGGCUUCGUAUGGACCAGGGAUCCCUCUGGCCUUGUUGUCGCUCCACUGUAUCACUGCAAAAGUUGCUGCUUCCGUAUCUCGGCUGGUCUCUUGCUACCGCUUCCUCCUCUGCGCCGAAGCCUUCAGCAUCGAUGACCUCCGUGCAGGCACGGCAAAUUACUUCAAGCGGGUGGCCAGCUGCACAGCGCCGGUUGCUGGAGGUGGCUCAGAUGGCAACGGUAAUGAAUGGGAUUUGAAGGGGAUACAACGCUACGUGGUAGCCGACGAGGAAGGAUCAGCAAUGACGGAUGCCCGCAAUUCAUUCGACAGAGGCCAAGAUGGGAAAUCACGUAGACAUGACAGAGAUGGAAGUCCAUCGAUUGCCUCUCCUCACCCCACGAAGGAACCCAAUCGAGCACGCAGAGUUCCUGGUGUGGAGUUCGAGUUUGGCUCAUCUUUACGAGAGUCUUACAUGGACUUUCAGUUCUCUGGAGUUACUGUGUAUGUCCUCGUGGUAGCCUUCAUGGACAUCCUAAGCUACUUCACUUCUUCCUGGGCAUUCAGUUCUAUGCGGUCGUACCCUAAGCCGCUUCCCACUCUGCUAAAGGGUGCUGAUCAUCAGAAUCAACAGCAAAGCAGGAGCGAGCGGGACUCUCGUGAGACUUCGCGAGACAACCGGGAAGUUCCGCUAACUCCGGGGAGUGCGCGUGGAGAUGUGGUGUCUCUGUUGCUCUCUGGAGAAGCCUUGAGGGAGCGUCCGUUCCGGGUGUCCGUGAGCAUUCAGAGGGGCUGCUUUGUUGUAUAUUCCGACCUUCAGUCUCCCUCAGCACCUGUCAUCGUUUGGUCCAGCGAUUUUCUUGUCCGCCUUAAAAUGAAAGGAGAUGAAACAAUCUUCGAACGCGUUCAGGUAUUGGGCAGCAAAAUAUGCCGGCUAGAUGCAUCUCCGCUCCCAAAAGUUCCUCUGAGAUCGCAGUCGCAUGUAGGAGUCUUUACGGGAACAGAUGCACAGGAGGCCCAGCAGUCGCAAGACUGCCUGGCCGACCGUUCCCCACACCGAACGAGUUCAGACGUACACAAGCCAGCGAUAAAGAAUGAACCGAGGACCGUACGCUGGGGAACAGUCGGCCAGAGUGAAAGCAGCAAGAGCAGCAAUGAUGUUCGUGCUACUUUUGAUGUUGGCUCGCCAGGCAGCAUUAGGCAGCGGUGGGCGGAGGGCACCAGUAAAUCCGAAUGGCAGCAACGGGGACGCUGUCAGUCGCAACUGAUGAUGCGAGAAUGGAUGCAGUUGCAGCAACUCCAGCACCGCGCUUCGGUAGGAAACCCAUCCGCGGAGCGCCUGACGCCGCGCACAGAUUCUGCGAGCGCUGUGCUGCUUUGCGAGCACUUUCACCUUGAGGGUAGUGGCGUGUAUCGCUCCGCGAGUGAGGCAGUUGACGACUGCCAGGAGCCUAAGCAGAAGCAGCAGCAGCAGGGAAAUGGCCAGGCUGCGGAUCCGAUCAGUGCUAUUCCGGCGCAAAGUGGCCGCGGCAGGAUCCCAGCAGCAGUACACCGAAUGCAGCAGUCGUUUUCUGCUGCUGCUGCAAAGCUGCCACCUCGCUCUAUCAGCCCCGCAGGGAUCAGACACGCUGCUAUCGUCGGCGAAUCGUCUUCUGCUGCAUCGAAGCAACAGCAGGACAAGCGUACUCACAACGACGGAGAUGGGGAGAUAAGACACCAGCCAGCAUCGGACCAGCCACAGAACCCAGGGCUUUACUCACCAGGGCAGGUGCAGCAACAGCAGCAGCAGCACCAGCAUCGCCUAAGUCCCAAGGUGUUAGCCGACGAAGACCUACGAGAAGCUGAGAACAAGGGCAGGCGCUGCGUAAUGACGUUCGUCGAAUUGUCCUUCGAUAUUCCACUCUUUUACUUACGCGUCUCCAGCAGAGAUAUGGCGCUUUUGUUGUCUGCUGCCCGGUGUCUUCAUUCUGACGGACCGAGCGUAUGCCCCACCCAGCAGCCUCCCCCAAUUCGCUUCCCUGAAGCAUGCGCUCAGCAUCAGCGGCAGCAACAGUUACAGCACCAAGACCAGCAAGAGGAGUCAACUCAGGCAGGGUCGGUGCAACCGCAAAUUCCCUCUGUAGUUGAGAGGACAGCAAAGAUCUCGUUGUGCUUAGAGGGUGCCCAGUUGUUGCUUCUCGACGACCUGCGCUCCUCAGUAUUGCCGGUGUUACAGUUGCGGUUGUCAGCAGGGGGGCUUGUGUUUGACAUAACUUCUACUCAGCUGCAAGUUGCGUUACGUGAUUUCUGCUGCGGCCUUGACUACCUCAACGCCAAGGCUGGUUGCUGGGAGCCGUUCAUUGAAAAGUUAGACGUCACUGCAGUGUACCGUCGGGACUACGCAGAGGAAAGGCAGCAGCUGCUGCAGCGACAGCAAGCCCAGGUGGGGGCUCUUGAUGCCCAUCCGGGUGAGGACCCGUGGGGCACCUUCAAGGCAGCCAGGACUCUGAUGCUGCAUAGCCAGUCACCGUUCUGGCUAAAUAUCACUCCGCAGUUAUGCGAAUUGUUCGCAUGGUUCCUUCCGUAUCUGUUGGCUCACCUCACAGAAGGAGGAGUCCCGAAGCUAGAGGAGAAGUGUCCUGAAGGUGUGGAUGCCCCUCACACCAGAAGCCCUCGCGGGGUUCCAAGGAGUUUUUCGGUUGCGCCUCUCGUCCCGAGCACGGUUUCCAUGCUACAGCAUGAGGAUAACGUAUCAGUUGCUGCCCAGGAUCAGCAGCAUGGCCCCAGCACAGGUUGGACAAAUUCACAGGAUAAUGAGAACGCUGAAGGGCCUGCGACUGUAGCAGUCACCCCACCUCCCGUUUCUUCCAGUGCUAGGGAGACUGAGGCAGCUUUCCGUUACUUGAACCUCACAGGCCAAUGCCUCUACGCCUUUACAAUGCAAAAGUUUGGCUCCAGAAGCUCGGGAAUGGAGAAGGAGCAACACUCUAGCAGCAGCAACAGCAGGAGUGGACUCGUGAAUAGAGUUGGCACGGGCAGGAGCGAAAGGCAUGAUGGACUUGAGAAUCAGACAGUGAGCAGUUUGCUGCUGUUGGUGCCUGGUUCCUCCACCCCGCUGCCCCUUGACGGGCUCAUGCAGAGCCGCACGGCGGAGGCAUCUCGGCGGUCUCGCAGCCGGCAGCGUUUUUAUAUAACGAAUUGUCCUCCUGUGGAUUCAGUAUUGCGGCUUAAUGAGAUGUUUCCGACGGUGGCGUUUCCAGCUAUUAGCAGAAACGUCAUUUCCUCCCAAGACGUUGAGGCAACAAUGAGAUUGCUUAUUGCAAACGAGGAAAUGAGGCGCAAAAUUAGAGCCAGAAAUCUAGCGUCUGUGUACUUAGGACAGAAGUCGCCCACCAGUGCCCCGGCAAGGGACUCUCCACUCGCCGCGUCUUCCGAUGCGUCUCCAGCUAGAGAAAUGCUUGUCGGGCCUUCUAACCAGCAACAACCGCAGCAGCAGGGUAGGGAGCUGUUAAUGCCAGGGAGCCCUAAAGUUGCAACACGAACGACCAGCCGGCUCUCCGAAGCGGGCGUCGACCCGUCACCUCCAGCCAUAGGCCCGUUUCCGCGGGGGACAAAAGCAGUCGCUGUGGAUAGUAUGCGAAACUGCUGCGUCACCUUGCUGCCUCCAGUCAGACACUCCAUAUUGAGUCGCCUCGUCGACACUGCGGCAGCAGCAGCAGCGCUGAGAGGCCCCGCUGGCACCGCUAACGUUGGUGCAACGGCGGCAGAAAGGUUUCUCGGCAAUAGCAGCAAAACAGUGGGCAGCAGCAGUAGCAGCAGCAAAUUCGCUUCUCGGCAGUUGCAACGGCUGCGUAGUUCGCUGACUACAAAGGAUAGGAGGCCCUCCGGAAUCUCUUUGGGCCCCUCUUCAAGUCAGGGAUCCACGCUCGCUCGACAGUCCUCGGCAGCCUCCAACUCCAUAAACGCUUUAGAUGAUUUCGAAGGCUCACAACAGCCCCAACAGUUGCUUGAGACGCAGCAACCUCAGCGCCAGAUGCUGGAACAGCUGGACAGUUCGCUGGCGUCCGGACAGCAGCUGCCAACGAGGCGCCCUACAGGCCUGAAUAUUUCACAAGCAGGAAAAGAGUUUGAGAGUAGUGCUAGUGGGCCUCACACACGGUCACCUCAAAAAUCGACUUCAGUCAGCAUACCGCGACCUGUCUCAGGGUUCCAUGACUUCAUUGACGCUGAUAUGCGGCGAAGGGGGGGUGGAGGAGAGUCUCCUCAGCAGAGAAGCGGGGAACAGUCUACAAUGAGCAGCAGCUUCUCUGCUCCCCUUCCGCUUGCCCACGUCGAUAGCCACAGCGAGGCCAUAUGUCAGGUGCUAAGCCCGCACCCAUCCUAUAAGUUGCUGCUGCUCUCUACAACUGUGAUGCUGCACAACAGCAGCGGAAUGCCCCUAGAGAUUUGCUUUCUUGAUGGCGAGCUCAACCCGCUGCUGCUGCCCGCCUCCCAGGGGGCUUGCGCUCCAUUGGACGCGAUUGGGGAGCCUUCCGUGGCUUCAAAACGCGGAGAACUCUCAGUUGAGGAGCCUUCAUCUCUACACCCGGACUUGCAGAGAAUCCCUGAUUGGAUGCUUCGGCGGGAGGAGCGGUGGCGAGAGGCGCAGCGGCUAGAGACGCUACAACAAAAGCAGCAACUGAGGCUUUUGCUUCAGGAUGCUGCGACGAAGCCAGCAGGUCCUAAACCCACAGCAUCCGCACCUCUCCGACGUGCCCUAACAGAAUGGGCUCGGCUCGAGGCAUUUACGAGGUCGCCAAGCUCGAGCAUUUCUACACAUCAGCAAGAAGCCCCUGAAGAGUGCGUCCUCGAACCGCCCACUCACAAACAGCUCAUGGACAGGCUCACGUACACCUUUCUGUUACCCAAUCUUCAUCUCCUCUCCGUACCUCAGAGAGCUAUUCUUGGACCCGGCUGGUGCAACGUUUGCUUUCGGCCUGCGGCUUUCGCUGAGGAACCUGCCAAAACUACACCGAUGCCAGCACCGGCUGCAGCAACAUCUGCAGAAACACCGUGUUCAGAAGCAGCUGCAUCGGAAUGCACAGUGACAGAUGCUGCGGAGGCUGAAACGAUCCCGACACCGCCUGACAUGACUUGUGUUGCCGGAUGGUGCGAUCUCAUAGACACGCGACACCGAAUGGAGGGCUUGCGCUGCCGCCAGAGCGCUUACUUGCCCCCGAGGUUUCGACCAGGUGCAGCAUCAGCAUCUCAGAUGCCGGGAACUCCUGUAGCUUCCGGCUCGGCUUCUGAUGCGGAAGCAACUGACACUGCUGCAGGUGUAAACACAGUGCGAAAUCUCUAUUUCUUGGUGCACAUUGAAGGGCGCAAGGGGGCACUUCCGGCUGAGAAGGAGCUAAAGAGAGUGACCAUCUUUCCCUCGGUGACUUUGGUGAAUGCGACCACAACUGAGCUCGACAUCAACAUUGCUCCUUCCUCUGCCACCUCAAAGUCUGGACGAAGACAACUCACAGUUUCGGCUUCAGGGAUAAACAGGACAAAUGCCGCACUACAGGAGCUGCAUGCGCUGCAACAGAGGCCGUCUCUCAGCGCUACUCUGCGGAGGCGCUCUACCUUUCUUGUGUACGAGGUGCCGCCAAACAGACCGUUAAGGCUCCGUAUGCGAUUUGCAAUGCUAGAGGGUGCAGAAUGGUCCUCAGUUAUCUCCGACUUGCUGAGCACUCAGGACGAGGUCGUCAGCAGGGUCCUGUUACCGUCGCGUCACCACGCCUCAGCGGAGCUGGAGGUUCUUCAUGACACGGCGGAGGUGAUGCCGUUUUUACCCUUCGUAUUUCCCCGACAGCUUGUUGCAGUUAUAUCUGCUCCUCGGAGCUUCAUAGACCGUACAGGUCUUGGGGUUCGCCCUGUCCAGGAUGGGAGAUUUUGCCCAGAAUUUGAUGGUCAGAGCCUCCUGGGGGACUCCACUACUGCCGAUGUCACGCUGUUGCUUCCAAGAAGAAGGGGCCUGGGACAACCGGUGGAGUGCCGCAUAAGCGUCCCCGCAUUAGGGGGUUACAGCCACGCGUCGCUGGAGACUGAAGACCGCUGCUACACUUUGCGUCUAAAAACGGAGAAGAUGGACCCUUCCGAAACGGCAGGAGCGAUCUGCCGAGUCGUGUCUCUCGUGCCAGAAUUUAUUUUGACAAAUGCGCUGAAGAUCCCUCUCUUCUUCCGUCAGUAUGGCACCCCAGGGCCGGCCUUUGAGGUUCACCCCGGACAAAGCUACCCUGUUUAUUGGGCGAGCGCAGAGCUUCCUCAGGCGAUUCAGUUCCGCCCUGGAACAAGCGAAGGCUACGCAUGGUCUGGUGCGGUGGUUGCUAGCGAGGAGACGGCAGGGAAGAGCUGGAUUGCUCUCUACAACGGCAUGCGAGAUGCAGCACCUGGGGUCUUCUGCGUUGAAGUAGCUCCUGAUGGAGGCGUGAAAAGUAUUUGUAUUCGCGGGGCUGAGGGGCAUUCCGAAGGGUUUUUAGUCAUCAAUAAAUGUCCUGUGAUUCGGCGGGUGAUGGUGCACACUUACCACUCUGAGAUGAACUCCCAGGGUCAGUCUGCGGACACAGGAGGUGUCUCGUCUUCCUUUUCAUCCUCCUCACAUUGGACGAGACAGCCCAUGAAGCUGCCUGAUUUUGAUUUCCAUUUUUUUGCAAAUGAAGGAGAGACUGUUGCCUACGGUUGGCCGUUUCCCUUUACGUACACGUCGCGACCGUGUCAAGUCCUUUUAUGGAUAGACAGUAAGACGGUUGCUCCCAGAAGUCCUAUUCUUUUGGAUCUGGAGACUCCCCAGUACAAGCGAUAUGAAGUAAAUCUGGGCCUCCCUGAUAUGCCACAAAUAAUAGUGAGAACGGAGAAGCGAGGCGACGCAAUGAUUAUUGAAGUGCGACCCAAACCAGGAACCGGCCCAGAGCGGGCAAUGCUGCCUUCUUCUAAAUCACAAGGAGUUGAGCCUGAAGUGGCAGUUGAGAGUCCCUUGCGCAGUCUCCAUGUAGCUCUCACUUUGGCACAGGUGGGGGUAUCAUUGAUCUAUGAUGCGGUGAAGGAAGAGCUCUGUUUUGCUGAGCUGUCACAGCUGGCCAUCGGAUUUCAGGAGAGAGGAGAACGACAGAAGCUAUUGGUCCGCAUUGCAGAUAUUCAAAUCGAUAAUCAAAUGGAGCACGCGCGGAAGCCUGUACUUCUCGCCAAUCGGGGCGGCGGUGCCCACAGCGCAGAAGAUCCGUUCUCAGCUCAGAGUGCAUCGAAACCCUUUUUGAGCCUCUUCGUUGUACGGCACCACACGACCAGCAGUGACGUUAUCUUGCGUCGUGUCCAACUCGAAAUGGACAACUUAGAAGUGGAAAUAGAUGCCGACGCGCUCAAUGGACUCAACGAUUUCUUGUGGGCCUGUAUGACGUCGCUAGGGCUGAUGAGUGCGGCUUCCCGUCGUACUGUUUCGGCGGAGGAGCUUGAAACUUGGAUUGAAUCUCCCAUUCAUCAGACUUACAGCCCUCCGCCCUUGCCUACCGUGUUGUCCUUAGAAUCCAUGCUUAUAGACAAAUUCGACGUUUUCUGCUGGUGUUCCUUCGUUCUCGAUAAAAUGCACAUGCUGUCUGACCUUCUGAAAGUCGGUUUGCGCAUAUUGAUGGCAUCGGGACGACUAGAAUUGAUGGGGGCGAAGUUGAAUUUUCAGCGAGAGGAGUUCAGGAAUCUGCGCGGGACAGCCAAGACAUUUGCAGCAUCGUUGCAAGAGCGCUACACCUACCAUCUGUUGAAUUCAGUUUUUUCCUCUCUGGGGCAGAGUUCGCUUUUUAAUCUGCCGCGUAUGCCAUUCGAAUUCGGAAAGAACACCAUAGGUUUGGCAGCAAACGCAGUGGACAGCGUAAGUGCUGGUCUUGGAAGUUUGCUGUCAACUUUUACUUUUGACUCGGAAUAUAUCAAUCGGCGGCAAAGAGAACGCGUUCGGAAUACAGCGAGCAUGCGUGACGGAUUCUUGUCAGCUGGGAAGAAUAUUGGGGAGGGUGUCUGGUCUCUGACGAACAUCGUCACAAAGCCCAUCGAAGGUGCUCAGCGAGAAGGCGUGGGUGGGUUCUUCAAAGGCAUUGGGAAGGGUAUCGUGGGAUCCCUUGUAAAGCCACUUGAUAAGGUGGGCCAAGCUGUCUCGGAUGUUACGCGUGGCAUUAAAGCUGAAGUUUCUAAACCAAUCGGGGCUUCGAAAUUCAGAAAUGAACGCAGGCGGAAGCCUCGCAUGCUUGGGGAGCUUGGGGAAAUAAGGCCAUACGAUGAAACGGAAGCUACACUGCGUGAAUGCCUUGGCCUAGCUGUGACGCGCCGUCUGCAGAAGUUUGUAACUGUUUUGAAAGAAGAGGCAUUACCGCCUCGCCACUUCGUGGUUCUGUUCUAUCCCAAAGACGUCUUCUUCGUAGAUCUAACUGAUGCCCCCCAGGUUGCAGGUGGGCAUCAGGUUGGGGAUGAGUCUGAAUCAACUCGAGACAAGAGCGUGAACGUCCUUUGGCACGCCAGCAUUCCGCUGGUCCGUGACAUUCGGGCCAGUACUCACGGAAUUAUCAUCCGAGCAGGUCAGCCGACGACGCACAGGCCUAAAGAUGUCUUGGCAGCUCUCAGCAGCAUCGACAGUUAUCAGAAGUGUCACCGUGCCCACGUUGGGACCUUGCGGCAAGUGGAGGCUCGCGGAGAUCGGUGCUUCCAGAUCCCUUGUUCUUCAGCCGCCCUCAUUUCUCAGCUGUACAGAGAGCUGCUGGAGGCUGUGCAUGGCUCAACAUCCGUCGUUCAGCUUGGCACGUGGGAUGCUCAGAGAUAUGCGGAGACAGACAGCGACUCAUAA